UAUGGAUUGACAAAAAAAAAAGGCAUGAAUCUGUGUCAGUGGUCUGUGUCAGUCGUCAGAAGAAGGAAAACAAGUAGAACAAGACACAACAAAGUUGGUUGCAUCCUAGAUUCUUGACAAUGCCGAGCGUAAAGCUCAAACAUUCAUCACCUGACCCCAUUUCCUCCUCCCUCCUUUCCCGGGAAACCCAUUUCCGCAUCAGCGCCUCUCUCCCACAGCCACUCCCCGAUUCAACUCCGAGGCUGAUCUGCUGCGAGGAUAUUGAUGGCCACAGAUGGAAAUACGUUACAGAGAGCGAUGGUUCUCGCAAUUCCUUUCGUGCUAUAAGCUUGGAGUCUCCUCGCACUCCUCUCGAGGAAGUGGCUUCGUUUCUGAGAUCUUACGUUGUACCUGAAGGAUUCCCAGCAAGUGUCAAUGAGUCUUAUGUUCCUUACAUGACAUUCCGAGCUUUGAAGUAUUUCUUUGGUGGAGCCAUGGGUGUGUUCACCACUCAGACCCUUCUCAACUCUGUUGGAGCCUCAAGGAACAGUUCUGCUUCUGCUGCUGUUGCCAUCAACUGGAUUCUCAAGGAUGGUGCUGGCCGUGUUGGAAAAAUGAUUUUUGCAAGGCAGGGAAAGAAAUGUGCUAAUUCUCUGUGAAUCUUUCUAACUCAGCUUUGAAUUUCACAGUUACGUUUUGCUGGUGAUCUUUUGAUGGAGCUUGGUGCUGCUGUAGAGUUAGCCACUUCUGCAGCUCCACACCUUUUCCUUCCUCUCGCUUGUGCUGCUAAUGUUGUAAAGAACGUUGCAGCUGUAACAUCAACGUCUACUCGCACGCCUAUCUAUAAAGCCUUUGCUAAAGGAGAGAACAUAGGAGAUGUCACUGCUAAGGGAGAGUGUGUUGCUAACGUUGCAGAUUUGAUGGGAACUGGAUUUAGUAUAUUAAUAUCCAAAAGAAACCCUUCUUUGGUCACAACCUUUGGUCUUUUAUCAUGUGGCUAUCUCCUGAGCUCAUACCAAGAGGUUAGAUCUGUAGUAUUGCAUACACUAAACCGUGCAAGAUUUACAGUAGCAGUGGAGUCAUUUCUCAAGACGGGGCGGGUUCCCUCACUACAGGAAGGUAAUAUCCAAGAAAAGAUAUUUACUUUUCCAUGGGUGGAGGAUCGACCAGUGAUGCUUGGAGCCAGAUUUAAGGAUGCAUUCCAAGACCCCAGCUCAUAUCUGGCAGUAAAGCCCUUUUUCGAUAAAGAAAGAUACAUGGUGACUUACAGCCCUACCAAUGGUAAAGUCUGUGCACUCCUCAAGCAUCAAGCUAACUCAGAUGACAUUCUCAAAGCGGCAUUUCAUGCACAUGUGCUUCUUCAUUUCAUGAAUCAAUCGAAAGAUGGCAUCACAAAGUCAGUGGAGCAACCAGACCCUGUUUUAGCUCCAGUGGAAUAUGAGCUGAAUUCUCGAAUAGCAGAGUCGUGUGAAAUGGUUUCUACCUCAUAUGGAAUCUUCAAAACCAGGGCUGCAGAACAGGGUUGGAGAAUGUCAGAAUCUCUGCUGAAUCCUGGCCGGGCUAGGUUAUGUCAAAUGAACGAGGAGAGGGAGUAAACCACACCUGAAUCGGCUUCGAUAAUAGUUCCACGGCACGCUUUGUCUAGGAAAACAAACAGAUUUUGGUUGGUACACGUUUUAUUAACUACGCGGUAAAAAAAUAAGAAUGAUAUGUAAAUUUUGAGUAAAAAGACGUUUUGUGUUACGGCCAACAAGAAACAAAGUAAAGGUUCAUGGGA